AUGUUGGCAACUCAUCAUCUUGCCACCAUCCACCAGUCGUACCAGACUUGCCACCAUCCAGCAUUAUUACCAGCCAUGCCAGCAUCCAUCCGGUAUUACCAGCCAUGCCAUCAUGCACCAAACUUACCAGCCAUGUCAGCAUCCACCAGUAUUACCAGCCAUGUCCUCAUCUACCAGUUUUACCAGCCAUUCCAGCAUCCACCAGUCUUACCAGCCAUGCCACAUCUACCAGUCUUACCAGCCUUGCCAUCAUCCACCAGUAUUACCAGCCAUGCCACAUCUACCAGUCUUACCAGCCAUGCCACAUUUACCAGUCUUACGAGCCAUGCCAUCAUCCACCAAAUUUACCAGCCAUUCCAGCAUCCACCAGUCUUACCAGCCAUGCCAUCACCCACCAGUAUUAUCAACCAUGACAUCAUCCACCAGUCUUACCAGCCAUGCCACAUCCAGCAGUCUUACCAGCCAUGCCAUCAUCAACCAGUAUUACCAACCAUGCCAUCAUUCUCCAGUCUUACCAGCCAUGCCACAUCUACCAGUAUCACCAGCCAUGCCAUCAUCCACCAGUAUUACCAGCCAUGCCACAUCUACCAGUCUUACAAGCCAUGCCAUCAUCCACCAAACUUACUAGCCAUUCCAGCAUCCACCAGUAUAAGUAUUACCAACCAUGACAUCAUCCACCAGUCUUACCAGGCAUGCCACAUCCACCAGUCUUACCAGACUUGCCAUCAUCCACUGGUAUUACCAGCCAUGCCAUCAUCAACCGGUAUUACCAAUCACGCCAUCAUUCACCAGUCUUACCAGCCAUUCCACAUCUACCAGUAUCACCAUCCAUGCCAUCAUCCACCAGUAUUACCAGCCAUGCCAUCAUACACCAGUAUCACCAGCCAUGACAUCAUCCACCAGUGUUACCAGCCAUGCCAAAUCUACCAGUAUCACCAGCCAUGCCAUCAUCCACCAGUAUUACCAGCCAUGCCAUCAUACACCAAACUUACCAGCCAUGCCACAUCUACCAGUAUCACCAACCAUGACAUCAUCCACCAGUAUUACCAGCCAUGCCACAUCUACCAAUCUUACCAGCUGUGCCAUCAUCCACCAGUAUUACCAGCCAUGCCACAUCUACCAGUCUUACCAGCCUUGCCAUCAUCCACCAGUCUUACCAGCCUUGCCAGCAUCCACCAGUCUUACCAGCUGUGCCAUCAUGUCUGUGUAUUGAUGUGA